CUAUUAGUCUAAAUAGCGAAUUUGUACUGAACAACGGCUCUUUCAAGACCGGGCAACGUUGCCGUAAAACCCUAAUAAAACCCUUAAUUAAGUCUGGGGAAUUUACAGGCAAAAUUCUGGAAUGGGUGUUCCAAAGACAUCACGCAAGGGUAAGAAGGCAUGGCGAUCCAAUAUCAGCACUGCAGAGGUCGAUGAUUACUUAAUUCACACCGACAAAGAUGCUCGCAGCGGUGGUCCUCUCACUCAGAUUUCUAGCGACUCUCUUUUUUACCUAGACAAAUCCAAAGAUUUUUCUGUUAAGAGGAAGAUUGAGAAGUACCGAAGCAAGGUUCUUCACUGUGAUAGUAUUUUGCAAAAUAGUUCCUUCAUAGCUCCCAUUCCUUCGUCAAAGAAAAAACAAAAGCAGCCCAAUGCCAAACCUCCAGCUCUUCCUGCAGAAAUUCGAGAUUCGAAGCUAUCCAAGAGUGAAGAGAAGGCGAAUAAUGCUGUUUAUGACAUUUGGGAUGAAAGAGGAAACAGUAACAAAUGUGCAGAGGAAGGAGAGGAGAAGAAGUGCUUGAAAUGGAAGCCAAGGAAAUCUGUCAUUCCAGCAGUAGAAGUAGACUUACCUGGGUGCUCUUACAAUCCACCAUUUGAAGCCCACCAGGAUGCACUAGCAGUUGCUGUAGCAGAGGAAAUGCAAAAAGUAUACAAGAAAGAACUGGAACCUCCUCCAAUCCCUUCUCUUGUGACCGGUGAUCCAGUGCUUGAGGAAGAUAGAUACUUUCUGGAUGUAGAUGAUGGAACAGAUCCAGAUUUGGAUGCAAACAAUGAUGAAUGCGACUUGGAAAAUCAAGGGCAAAGACCUCUGAAAAUCAGGAAACUAACUCAGGCAGAACUGAAUCGGAAAGCUAGGCGUCAGGAACAAUUGAAGAUUGAGGCAGCAAAGAAGAAACUUGCAAAAAUUGAGAAGGAUGUUGAUUGCCUGCCCAACAUAAUUAAAGAGAUAGAAAAGGAGGAUGAAGAGAGAGAAAGGAGGCGACUUAGACGUGCUGUAGCUAAACAAGAACGACUAGCCAAUGGCCCACCUCGGUUGGGAAGAAAAAAAUUUGAACCAGCGCCAAUGCAAGUGCUUUUAUCUGAAGAAGUUACAGGCUCUCUUCGGAAAUUGAAGGGUUGUUGUACUUUGGCAAGAGAUAGGUUCAAGAGUUUACAGAAACGUGGAUAUUUUGCUCCACGUUCUCAACAUAGGAGGAAGAAAUGAAAGACACGAGGUCUACAGUUUCAGUGCUCAGAAAAAAAUUCUAUUGGGAAGCAUCAUGAUGCUACAGAGCUUUUCUUUUGGAAGCUUAACACACUUUGUCUUUCAAGGAGGAGCUGAAGCUUGGAAAUUUUUAUCAAAAUGCGGCAUUGCAUCUGAAGAGUACCAUAUAUUAUGCAACCAUAUAAAUGUAUCAAUAUCAUUGUGAUCUAUAAAUACAUAAGACCAUUGAUCCAUUUUUUAAAGACAGCUCUUAAUUUGUGGAAGCUUAACUAUCUUUACUUUUCAGUUCCA